CCCACGUGGGUGACACGGGGUCUGGCGGAAACGAAAGAGAAAGGAGCGAGGGGGGCGGGCCGGGGUCUCUCGCCGUCUGCGCUGCAGAGUUGCCUGUCACCCUUCUCCACGGGCCACAUCUGUACAAAUAGAUCCGUUAGAGCUACAGGUUUUAUUAGGAACAUUUAGUAAUGGCAGAUCACCUUUGCCCACAAUUGUUUCUAACACCAUGACCCAGGAGGCUGUGGCACUGAAGGCUGCACUGCUGCAGGUGCUGGAGCAGCACCCUGUUGACUUGCCCCUGGGUGAUGUGGCUGGGGCCUUCCACCACCUGUAUGGCACCCAGCUACAGUUCAGCUCCACUGAGGUACUAAAUGCUCUGGGGGAUGCUGUGGAGGUGAUGGAGCUGGGCUCCAAGGGGCCCCUCGCUCUGGGGAAUCUUGUCAUCGACACCCACCUGGGACAGGCUGGAGAACCCCUGCUGGGGACCAGAGCCACCUCCCCCAUGGAGAGUGAUGGGACCCUCAGCAACUCGGACAACAAGGAGGAGAAGAACAAGGGCGCAGCCUUCCACCAGGCCGGCGUGUUUCUUGGCCAAGUCCUGCGGGGCUUCCCCUGUGGCAUGACCUUGCGCAGGCUGCACCACAUCCUACAGACAGAGGGGGUCCUGCAGGACCUGCCCAGGCACUGGGACUCCUUGGAGUUUGUCUACCUCCUAUUCCAUGUGCCGGGAAUCAAGCUGUGGGUACCCAACAAUGGCACGGAAGUCGUGGCCUACCGGGCAGUGCCAGACCCUUCAGCGGUCCAGAGGCUGGUGCAUCUGAUCCUGGGAUAUUACGGGACACCUGGGAGCUGCUGGACAGUGCCAGAGCUGGAGAGCUUCAUGGCGCAGACAUACGGGCUGGAUUUGGAGGGCUACAGCCAAGAGCAUGGCUACAGGGGGACUGUGGACUUCCUGCGCUCCAUGCCUGACCUUGCCCUGCAUACCCCACUCUGGGGGGGACCCUACAUCCUCCACCUCUAUGCAGGACCUACCUUGUCCCCCACACACAUGAUUCCACCACCCCUCAACAUUGAGCCCCUGUGUGAGAUCCUGGCACCUUCAGACCCUCAGCCCUUUGAACCCCCUGUGUCAGCACAGCGCCUGGAGACCCUCUUCCUGAAGCACCUGGACCAAGGCGCAUUGGACAGGGUGCUGAGCCUUCUGCGAGAUGGGCUCAUGGAGCACCCAGGCGGCCUGGAACUGGGGGUGCUGAAGAAGGCCGUGAGGAGGGGCCUUGGUGUCGACCUCGAGGACCUGAGCUGGGACAUGGGCUUCCGGGGCACCCUGGAGCUGCUGAGCAAUCUGCCAGGUGUCUGGGUCUGGGGGCCUGAGAAGGGGGACCACUGCAUCCUCCACAUGGAGCGAGGCCUGGAUGAGGUGCUGGCGCUGCUGGCAGGAGGCCUGGUGGGGGCUCCAGCAGGUGCAGAGCUCUGUGAGCUGCAGGAGGCUAUGGGAAUGGAGCUUGGUGUUGACCUGGAGCAGCUGGGCCGCGACCUGGGCUAUGCCAGCGCCAAGGACUUCCUCACCCAUGUGCCUGGCCUCCAGCUCCAGGACCCUGAGAGGGGCAGCCACUGUGUGGUGCAACUGCAGAGAGAUUUCAUCUAUGACCCUGCAGUGGUGCAGAAAUAUUCCAGCCUGGACCCUGGCCAUGCAGGGCACAAGAGAAAGAAGCCAUGGCCUGGGCACCAGGAGCCCUGCUGUUGCUGCAGCCAGGGGAUGGACAGUCACAGCAAUUGGGGUGACAUGGACUCUGGAGUCACCAUGGAUGUGCCCGUACCCUCUUGGGCCAAGCUCAAUGAUGCCCCCUGUGCCAUCCAGCCUGCCUGCCUGGAUCCUGUGGAGACGACCCAGCUGGCAGGACCAAAGCCAGGCUUGGGCCAAUUGUCAGCGGCCAUCCUAGAAUGUCUCCGUGGCUACAGCAGUGGCCUGCGAGUGGAGACACUGAAGAAGGUGCUAUGCCAAAGACAGGCCAUGGACCUGGAGGAUUUUGUGAAAUAUGGCGGGUAUGGGAACACUGUGGAGCUGCUGCAGCAAGUGCCUGAGGUCCAGCUUCUCUUCCCUGAGAGAGGGGAAAAGUGCCUGGUCAGACUGAAGACAGACCUGGAUGUGUUGGAGGGGUUGAUCCAAGAUAUUCUGACCCCCUUUCCCAGUGGCCUGCGGGUCAAGAAGCUGAAGGAGAUACUGGUGAAGAAGCAUGGGACUGACCUGGAGUGCUGGAGUCAAGACACAGGCUACAGGGACGUGGUCUCCUGUCUGAAGGACAUGCCAGGGCUCAGACUCCGUGCCCCUGGGAGAAGCAACAACUGCCUGGUCCAAAUCCAGAACCAGGCAGCUGUACCUGUUGUUUGGCAGCCAUCUUCCAGUCCCCCGAGCCCUCCCAUAUCCCUGCCAGACACGGAGGAUCUACCCAGAGACAUUUGCAUUGACACUAACCUCUCAUCCUCCCCAGGAGGUCCCAUCCUCCAGCUCAUGGUAAAGUCUAAGAGCAAGAAGCCACAAGGGAAUCAAGAAGAUUCUGGACUGUCACCCUCUGACAGUGCCAAACCCUUGUCCAGCCCCAAGGGGCACCUAUCCAGUGCUGCUUCUCCAGCACCCCCUGACAACUGCUGGUUCAACCCUCAGCUACCCAGUACCACCAAAUCCCUGGCCCAAGAGACCCCUGGUGCCCCUGCUGUGCAGGGCAUGCUGAGUGAGCAGCUCCUACCUAAUGCCCAUUUGCCAGCCUGGCUCAUGAACUCACCCCAGUCAGCUGGCACCCCCUUAGGCCUGCAAGUCAGCAAGGAUAUCCAAGGACCUGGUCCUCAGCUAGACAGUGCUUCCUCAGGCUUGGAAGUAAGCAAGGAAACCCCAGUAGGUAGGGCCCAGCUGGACAGCCCUCCCCAGAGUCCAUGGGCACACAAGGAGUCCCCAGGGCCUGGUGCACAGUUAGUCAGUGCACCCUCAGUCCUGAGCAUGAAUAAAGAGAGAAAGUGGUCCAGCACCCAGCUUGAUACCAUUCCUUCAGGCCCGAAAACUGGAAAGGAAACUCAGAGGCCGACCACUCAGCUGCAUCGUGCCCCUUGGGGCCCUUGGGUAGAGGAGGAAACCCAGGAACAAAGGGCCCAACUGGAUAGCACCCCAUUGGGCCUAUGGCCACAGGAAGAGGCCAAGGUGCUUAGGACCCAGCCAGCCAGAGCAGACAUGCCUAGAGCCAACCCAGGCUGUACCCCAUCCACCCAACCCCCCAAAGACCUGGCAGAGCUGAAGCAGAAUGUGGCCAGCAUCCUGGCCCAGCAUCCCCAGGGCAUAUCUGUCUUCCAGUUCCGGGCAGCCUACAGUGCCACUUACCAACACCCUCUGCCCUUGGGUCCCGCGGCCUCAGCCAAGCAGCGGCUGGCAGAAAUGCCUGAUGUGGUGAGGAUCCAAGGGUAUGGAGUCCAGACACUGCUGCUGCCUGUCUCUAACAGCAACUCCACAGGCGGUGAUCCUGGUUUCACCCUCUUGAUCCCAGAAGAAGCUGCUGAUCCUGUUGGAGACCCUGACAAACUGGCUGAGCCCCCACCUGUCCUGGCCCCACAACCCCCAGGAGGCCCAUGGGGGCCUGAGUCCCCACCAGCCCCCUGGGCCCUGCCACCCACUCAGGCUGUGAGGCCCAAAGCUGCCCUCAAGAAGCCUGAUCUGGUGCCCAGUGCUCCUGUGAUUACCAUGGAGAUGGAGCCCAGCAGCAGCUCAUGGACCCCAGCCCAGACUGAACUUCUCCCUGUCGUGGAUGAUGCCAGCUCAGCGUCUCAUCCAGUUGUGUACCCUCCACUCCAGCAGAUCCCAUUACCUGAUCCCAUCCCACUGCCUUCAUCCCUGCAGCCAGCCAAAGAUGUGGGAGCACAGAUCCCUCAAGCCCAGGCCGAGCCAGUCCAGCCUGCAUCUCCCACCCAAGACCUCCCCCAUCCAUCUCCCAGGGCCGGUCCAGUCUCUAGAGUCUCAGGGCAGUACCAGGACCCUAUGGGCUUCCUUUUAGAUCCCAGCCCUGAUGUUUGGCCUUCCACUGAGGAUGUUACCACCCCAGUGACCAUUGCAGGCCCAAGGGCCGAGGUCAGCCCCCUCCCUACACCAGACACCAACACCUUUAGAGCCCUGAGGGCAUACUUAGGCCCCAGGCAAAUCUGGUUGGAGAACAGGCUGCCUGGCCUGGGAGCAGUAUACCAUUCUGAAGAAGCCUUUCUGUACCCCAUUGCACCCACUGCUUCUCCUCAGCCCUCCCCCACACACAGCAGAGCUGAGACUGAAACACGCAGGACACCCUGUUCCAUCGUGGGAUGGGAUGAGCCUGAGGUUUGCCCGUGUCCGUCUUGGACAGACAUGGAGGCCCCGCAACAGCCAUCUCAGCCACACAACUCUGACCGCUGCAUCAUUCUCUAGUGCUGCUAUCAUCCAGCAGUGAGCCAGAGCUAUCAAUAUACAUGCAGCUCUGGAGUAGAGCACACCUGGUCUUGUCACAACACUCAGGGAUACAGUGUUGCUGUCUGAACAGUAAAGGACUUGGUGAAAGACGCUUCUCUUAUAUGCAACCUUUCCAGAGAUGGGGACAUGUCUUCUGCUCCAGCAUCUCAAAGAUAGGAUACGUGCCUGACCCCCUAAGGGACUGGUAUGUAUAUCCUCACCCUGGAGUUCCUUUAUGUGAUACUAUGAAGAUCCUUUGAGGGAGCUGGAAACUUUGGGCCUAGAACUUUUAAGAAACGGCUACUGAUUUUUAUUUUAUGUGGGAUGGUUGGGGUGGGAGCUAGUGGGAAAGGGUAGGGUAUUCUCUAAUUCAGAACCCACCUGAAAAUGGGAAUUAUGUGGCCUUUAUCCAGUCACUAAAAGUUGGUAGCCACAGGCUGAAAACAGCCAUCUGCAGAAGUCUCAGACAGCUUGCCUGCUGGUUUUUCAUCUUCAUUUUUUUAAAUGAAAUCCUACUACCAUGAAGAUUUUUUACCAUAUAGGUUUGAUUUUGAACAAAUAUUCCAUGUGCAUCUUCACUACCUGGCUCUUCACAGAAGUGAUUUGGGAAUGCUUUAGGAGGCAGAUCAUGGACUGAGACCCCCAAAUUGGAAGGUGUUAUACAGGCAGAGCAAAAAAACAGUCCCUUCCCCAAAGGGUUUUUAGUCUGAGUGGAAGACCAGGCCCAGCAGAAGGAUAUAGGCCACCCCCAGAAUACAAGGACAACGCAGGGAUUUCUGACACAAAUAAGCCUGGUUAAAUGGAGCUGAUGGGAACACUUUGAUAAAAAGUCUUCCAUGGUAAAUGAAAGAUUUUUUUCAAGCGCCUAGAAAGGUCUGUGUCAACUGUGAAGCUCAAUAAGGGAAAAGGUGAAACAAAUUGUUCAAAGCUUUGCUCAUGCUGGCACUGUUGAAAGGGAUUUUGUAUUUGGCCUUGAAUAAUAAAAUAUUAACA